UAAAUUCCUUCGGCAAGUGAGGAGUGAGGACGGCACCGUGAAAUUGAGACUCAGAUCAUCCGUCACCAAAGGAACCAUACGGAUCAACCGCCCUCCUUCUUCCACCAUGCUGGAACUCAAACAGCGAGAUGAGUUGCAGAGCCCGAUUCUUGGUCGUCUACUUCAUAUUCCAUCUGCCUUUCCCUUCAUCAAUGAGUUGCAGAGCACGACAAAUUUAAUUACAAAAAUGCCGGCUGUACGGUACUCACCAUACAACCGGUUGUACGGUAUAAUUUACCGUCAUUUUAGUAGGCAUUUUCUUACUACUUAUUUUGUAUUCCUCGGUAAUUAUCCGAUUUUUUGGAAAUAUAAGAAACAAGCAAUAGUCUCACGCUCUUCUUCUGCUACAUGUGAGUUAUUUUUAUUGAAACAUUUGUUGACUAAUUUGGGCUUUCUACAUUCUUCUCCUGCAUAUUUGCAUUGUGAUAGACACAUUCAUGAAUGAGAUGAGAUAGACGUGGGGAUAAGCGGGAAGGAGUUGAAGGCGUGCAUGAGUAAUGGAGAGUGAAUGCCCAUCUAUCCCUAUAUUUAUUUUGGUAAUAAAGUAAUGAAGUACAAUGAUUUGGGACGGGUAGCUGACCGGCGGAUUUAGGGCUGACUUCUGUGGGGCGCGUGCCCUGCGACUUGUAACCAGCACCUCUCUAAAUGCUCAUUCAAUAUUCAGCCAACUUCACCCAUCUACCCCGCCUACUGGUUUCUCUUCGUCCCACAAAAUGGGGAUCGGAGGAGUAAUUCACCAUCUCCAUACAGCGAUGGAUCAUGUAUGCUGAUAUUGAUUUAUGCUUAGCUAUUUGGAAUUAAGACCCCGUCUCCAACCUUAUGCAUACCGUAACAAAUGUGUUUGUACUAGUUUGUCGUGGGUGGUGGAUCCAGAAAUAAUAUGUAUUCCGGGCCUAAUUUCAAAUAAGUUAAGCUUGCCAUAAAAAC